ACUGUUUAGAUUUUCUCCGUCUUAUAAACCCUAAGUUAAAUCUUCUUCUCUCGUUCCUCGACUCUACCCAGAACUCCGGCAACAACACCGUCGCAGCAUUUCGGCUUCGCCACCUGCAAUCCAUCACAACUCACACACCUUCAACAUCCACCUCCACCUCAUUCUCCUUUUCAACCAAUCAAACACAGAAGAAGCAGAAGAAAAAAGAAUGGAGGCUCCAGAGGAAAAUAACGAGAUUGAUGCGACAACGGUACCAUCGAAUGAAGAGAAGACGGAGUUGGAAUCAAAACUGAAAUUAAAGAAGAAAUUGAAGAUGAAGAAGAAGCUGGAGAAGGAAACGGAGAAAGCUCAAAAGCGCGGUGUUUGCUAUUUGAGUCGUAUUCCUCCUCAUAUGGAUCAUGUUAAGCUUCGACAGCUUCUAUCUCAAUUUGGGGAUAUUCAAAGAAUUUUUCUCGCCCCUCAAGCGUCUUCUGCUAGAGUGCAAAUUAAGCGGGCACGUGCAUCUCAAAACCAAGCUUAUUCGGAAGGAUGGGUUGAAUUCGCCAAUAAAUUUGUUGCCAAGAGGGUUGCCAAUAAUUUAAAUGGUGAACAGAUAGGGGGAAGGAAGAGGUCAUCUUUCUACUAUGACCUUUGGAAUAUUAAGUACUUAAGCAAGUUCAAGUGGGAUGAUCUAACUGAAGAACUAGCCUUCAAGAGAGCUACUCGGGAGCAAAAAGUGGCAUUGGAACUUUCUGCUGCCAAGAAAGAGAGGGAUUUCUAUAAGUCCCAAGUUGAUCAGUCACGUGCUUCGAAUGCUAUUGAGGAGAGGUUAAAGAAGAAGCAGAAGGUUCAACAAGACUCAGUACAAGUGGAAAAAGUGAUUAGGCAUUUCCCUCAAACAAAACCUAUUGCUGCUGAUGCUAAACAAAGUAAAACUGAACUGUCGAAUGAUUUUCUAGAUACAGUAUUUGGUGGCUCGUAAUGCAUGUAUUUAUUCAUUUGCAGUUUAUCUAGAAAAUAUUUUUACUUUUUUAUUCAGGUUUUGAAACUGGAAAUCAAAGUAUUAUGUAUACAUAAUAGGCAAUUAACUUGAGUUGAAAAUUUUAAAUUGGGCAAAACUUGGUUUUCCAUGCAUUGAUAUGCCCCUAUUACAAAAUAUCAAGUUUUGAACUGUAAACUUUAAAUCUUUUGUUGUUGAACAAUAUGAAUACUUCGAUUCCAAUAUAA